AUGACGUUGGGAGAUUCAGACAACGAUCACCUGAGUUUUCAGCAAACCAGUGGAGAUAAUGGAGGUACUUUUGAUCCUUACUUUGUAGAAAAUUCAGACAUUCCAACAUCUUCAUUAGUAACUGUGGUUUUCAAUGGUGUGAAUUUUAUUCGUUGGAGUAGAAAUAUUAAGCGUGCAUUGAUAGCUAAGAAUAAAGAAGGAUUUUUCAAUGGCGAAAUUCAAAAACCUGUUGUAAAUCACAAGGACUAUCCUAAGUGGAAACGUGCUGAUUUCAUGGUUGUUAGCUGGAUUUUGAGCUCUAUGAACAAUGAUUUAGCUGAUGAUUUUGGAUACAUUGAUAAUGCCGUGGAAUUAUGGAAAGAAUUAAAUGAGAGAUUUGGACAAUCUAAUGGUCCAUUGAUAUAUCAAUUGAAGAAAGAAAUUGACAACUUGAAUCAAGAGAAUAUAACAAUAGUCACAUAUUAUGGAAAAUUGAAGAAACUGUGGGAUGAAAUGCAAAACUUAAGAGCUUUUCCUACUUGUGUUUGUGGUUAUAUGAGUAGUUGUAGUUGUCAAUUCCUGAAAAAGGUGGCUGAAUUUGAAGAACAGGACAAAAUGAUGAAGUUCUUGCCUAGUAUCAACAGAGUGUUUUCUAUAACUCAACAAAUAGAAAAACAAAAAGAAGUUAACACAGCAGCUACUGAAAGUGGUGCUAUGAAUAGUAGUGCAAUGGCUGCUCAGAAUCAUAAGGGUGGUCAGUUUCAGAGAUUCAAUAAUGGUCAAGGGAAGAAAGAUUGGAAAGACCUGAAGAAAGAGAAAAAUGUACAAAUAUCAAAAGGCUCAGAAUAUGGUGGAGGCAGACUGGCUGCUCAUGUACAUUCUGCAGAUGUGGGAGAUAAUCCUCUUGAUGACACAAUGACUGACUCUGGAGCUGUGAGUAGUGAGAUGCUGAACACUAUUUGUCAAGAAGUUAUGAAAGUGAUGAAAGGCAAGCAUUCACAGAAUGGUGAAGUUGGUGGCAUUUCUUGCUCAUAUGUCAACUAUGCAGACUUACUAAUGAAUGAAAGAAAACUACAAAAAUUGAUUAAGCUGGGAUUACCUGAUGGAACUCAGAUGACUGUAAACACUAUAGGGGAUAUUGUUUUAAGUGACAAACUGACUUUGAAUGAUGUGUUGUUAGUACAUGAUUAUAGGCAUAAUCUGCUAUCUGUUGGUAGAUUGAUUGAACAAACUAGUGUUCAUGUUGUAUUCACUAGUGAUGGAUAUUCUUUCCAGAACCCUUAUAGUUUCAAAUUGAUUGGCCGGUGUUGGAAAGAGAAAACAAGAUUGGAUCACCCAUCUUUGCCAAAAAUGAAAUAUAUGAAUGCUGAGUAUUGCAGAGGGCUUACAAAAUACAACAGUGAUACAUAUCUACCUCAUAACAAAAUACAAGUUGCAAAAGUUGUUUCUGAGUUUUUAGCCAUGGUUGAAACUCAGUUUAACAAGAAAGUAAGAGAAUUAGAUCUGAUAAUGAAUGGUAGGGUUGAGAGGAAACAUAGAAGUUUACUUGAAAUUGCUAGAGCUUUGAGGUUUCAUUCUGGUCUUCCUAAGAAAUUCUGGGAGGAAUGUGUACUGACUGCUACACAUUUGAUCAAUAAACCUCCUUCAAAGGUGCUAAACUGGAAGACUCCAUUUGAGAUCAUGUUUCAUUCUGUUCCUGUAUAUGAAAGACUAAUGGUUUUUGGCUCUCUUUGUUUUGCUUAUAACACCAAGGUUCAGAAAGACAAAUUUGAUUCCAGAUCCAGAAGGUGUGUGUUCAUUGGAUAUCCUGCUGGAUAUAAGGCUUUCAAAUUAUAUGAUCUUGAUACACAUACUGUGUUUGUAUCAAGAGAUGUUAUUUUCUUUGAAACUAUUUUCCCAUAUAAACUUUCUCUUCCUGAUAAAAACUUGUCUCCUUUGCCUCAAACUGUUAGUUUUGGCACUGAAGUUUCUUCACCAAACACAGUUGAUCUAAUCUUUCCUAUUUCUCCAAAUACUCACAUAUCUCAUAAUUCUCCAUCUCCUUCCCUUCUUUCUCCAAGUUCUCUUAACACUAUUUCACACUCUAUUCCCAAAAAUAUUCCAUCUUCUCCUAUAUCUACUUCUUCUGCAAACUCUGAUCAGAUAUCUCAAUCUUUACAUGUUCUUGAUUUGAUAACUGCUCCUACCGAGCCUUUCAUCAGACAGUCUACUAGACUGAUUAAACCUCCUACAAUUUUAAAGGAUUUUGUUGGAAGUUAUGUACCCCACAGAGCUGUUGCUUCCCCUACUACUACUGAAUCUCUUUCUUUUUCUGUCAACACUUCUCUCACUGACAUAAUGAUGACAGUUGGCUAA